AUGAUAGCAGACUACGAAGUGAAAGGCUACGCUCAUAAGGCUACUAGCAAAGAACUAACUUUAACGAAACAAAACCGAGUGUGGUACCUUCCAUUGGUUGUCGUUUCUAAUCCAAAGAAACCACACAAGAUCAGAUUAAUCUGGGACGCUGCUGCCAAAACCGAUGGAGUCUGUUUUAACUCUCUUCUGUUGAAAGGUCCUGACCUAUUGACUCCACUUCCACAAGUCCUAAGUCAGUUUCGUCAAUUUCCCGUUGCGGUGUGUGGAGACAUCCGAGAGAUGUUCCACCAAAUAAAAAUCCAAUCUCAACGUUUCCUGUGGCGUAGCACUCCAACUGUAUACGUUAUGGACGUAGCCACUUUUGGGUCCACCUGUUCACCUGCGUCGGCACAAUAUGUGAAGAACCUUAACGCAUCGGAGGCUGCUGGACAAUUUCCUCGGGCUGCUGCGGCCAUCACAUUGAACCACUAUGUGGACGAUUAUCUGGCUAGUUUCUUAUCAACUAAGGAGGCGAUAGCAGUGGUCAACGAAGUCAAGCAGGUACAUGCUAUGGGUGGGUUUGAAAUGCGGAAUUUUCUGCCAAACAAAUCAGAAGUCUUGCGUGGCGUAGGCGAAUUGGAAAAUGGUGUUGAGAAAGAACUUGAUUUAAUUAGAGGCGAAUCAUCCCAAUCCGUCCUAGGAAUGAUUUGGUUCCCCAAGACCGAUGAAUUUGCUUACACAUUCACUAUGCGGAAGGAUCUUUUACCGAUUCUCGCUAAGGAUCACGUUCCUACAAAACGAGAAGUUCUCAAAGUAGUAAUGAUGUUCUGGAGUGACUCCAGCACCGUUCUGGCCUGGAUUCGUUCUGACCAUCGUCGUUACAACAAAUUUGUAAGUUUCCAAAUCGGUGAAAUACUGAGUUUCAGUGAACCAAACGAAUGGAAAUGGGUGCCUUCCAAACUGAAUGCAGCAGACGCCGCAACGAAGUGGGAAAAUGGAUCAGAAAUCAAAUCUGACGGCCGAUGGUUCCUAGGACCCAACUUUCUGCGGUUAACUGAAGAACAGUGGCCAAAAGAAAAGUCUGUGUCAACCACCGAAGAAGAAUUACGGUCGGUUCAUACUCACUGGGAAAAGGAGUCGACAUCACUCGAUUCAGUCAGUGGACAAGAUUACUUCGUACGAUGGGAUAUGUAUUACGCUUUAUCAACAAUCUUCUACAUAAAAAAAUGCAAUUCACCUUCUGAAUCGGGAGUACUGACCCGAGAGGAAAUUAAAGGAGCAGAAGAAGCGCUAUGGAAAAUAGCGCAGUCAGAUGACUUUUUUGAAGAAAUGAAAUCGCUGAAGGAGACCCAAGGGUCACCCCAUGAUGUACACUGCAUAGUCGCUAAAUCAAGUUCUAUAUAUCGAGCUUGGCCGUUUAUAGACGAUCGUGGAGUGCUAAGAAUGCGUGGUCGUAUUAGUGCUACACAGUUUGCGUCAUACGAAGCAAAAUAUCCAGCUAUUCUGCCAAGACAACAUCGUAUAACCUUCCUGAUAACUGACUGGUAUCAUCGUCGCUUCCGUCAUGGUAAUAAGGAAUCUAUUGUGAACGAGAUGCACCAGCGUUUCGAAAUCUCCAAACUACGGACAUUGGUGAAGAAGAUGCUCGAGUAA